GAGGGAAAGGUGCCGGGCAUUUCUUAAUUAGGGUUUAUUGAUGAGUCAAUUGGGGGAAUUAUUGACGAUGAUGUUGUCGGAGAGAGGAAGAAGUGGCCGGCCGGUGUUAUCUCAACAAGGUAAGAAUGGAUGAGCUGAAAGAGACGGCCGCCUCAGCGGCGAGAAGAACAAAGGAGUUGUUGACCGGUAAUGCGGAGGAGCUUGAUCGGAAAGCUCUACUAGGCGGCGACACUAAUCAGGAAAAGUACAGAGAGACAGAAUUCAAAGCUAGAGAGAAGAUGGAAGAGCAGAAGCUCAACAAAGAAGAUGAGGCAAAGCAGAGAGUUGCCGCCGAUCGUGAAACGGCUGCCGACAGAGGAGUUGCAGCAAGAAAGAACAUAUAUGGUGCAAUAGGGAGUGUUAAGGAUGCAAUAAAGGAGAAGCUAACAUAUCCAACAGAUAUAGUUCAUGAAGCACGUGCCUCACGUGAGUAUGGUGGACCGAAAAGAGCGGAGAAGGAGAAGCUGGUUGAUGAGACUGAGGAAGGUCCUUAUGGACCUGCAGCUUUUCCUAGUGUUCAAACUUCUGAUUAGCUUCUAUGCAUGCCUCUUUAUGUAAUUAUUAUGUAACUAUGUAUUUGUUACCACCUUUUCUUUUUACUAUAUAAAGUUCGGGUUAUCGGGGUUCGCAUUUUUGGUGAAGUCCGAUUUUUUUUUUUAGAAUUCAGAAACUAA